AUGAGCAGCAGCAGCAGCAUGUCGUCCCGCUCCCUGCGCGGCCCGCUUCUCUUGGUGCUCCUCCUCUCGCUCUGCGGGUGGUGUGCCCACGCCGCCUACACGGAGGCUUUGGCUACGUCGGCGCUGUACUUCUCGAAGGCGUCGUACUGCGACGUUGCACCGCUCACCAACUGGAGCUGCGCCUCGUGCACAGCGGACCCGUCGUUCAAAGUGACGCACGUGUUCGAGAACGCUACGGAAGGCACGCAGGCGUACAUUGGUGUCAGCAAAGACCGCAUUGUGGUGAGCUUCCGUGGCUCACAGAAUAUACCGAAUUGGCUUGCUAACCUUGAAUUCACCCAAACGGCGUACCCCAACUCCAAGUGUGAUGGCUGCAGCGUUCAUCAUGGGUUCCUCCGCUCGUUUGAAUCGUUGAGGGACCCGAUGUGGCAGCACCUGCGNACGUGUUCGAGAACGCUACGGAAGGCACGCAGGCGUACAUUGGUGUCAGCAAAGACCGCAUUGUGGUGA